AUGGCGCAAGCAACCUCAUCCCAGGGUCAUUCUGGAACUUCCCGCCCGCGGCUAGACACUAGGGAUGGGUUUGCUGCCAUCGACUUUGGUAGCACGUCGACUCGAGCAUAUCUGAUGACGGUCAACAAGAAGAAUAAGGAGCAGAGAAAUGGCUACCGCGUGCAGAAUACAGGCGUGGAUGACUACAAAACCAAGCGUUUUCUGCGAGGGGAGUGGCCUUCCAAGGGCUGUCCCUUCGAUGCCCCUUAUCCCGUCGGUCACGAUGCAACGGACAAAGAGCACGCUGACAAGCGCGACCGCUCGCUAAAGAGCUUCGUGUGGUUCCUAGCUGACGACGACGACCAGCAUCCCUACACAAGAGACCUGAAGACCUACUAUGACUUGCUUCCCGAGGAUCAGAAGGCCAAAUUCCGGAAAAGGCUGAUCAACAUGCUCGUGAGACAUCUCGCCAUAGUGGCGGAGCAGAUCUUCCGGGAAGCUGGGCUGCGCAGGACAACUAUGCGGAGGCUGGUGUUCUGCGUCCCCAAUGCUUGGGACAAGUCGAAUUUCCAGAAUGUCCUGCGGCCUGUAAUGGACAAGGUCGCGGGAGUCGUCGAGACGUACUGCGUGUUUGAAUCGGAAGCGCUUGCGCAGUUUAUCCUACAUCAACAUCCUUAUCUAUUGCCGAAUUACGAAUUCGUUCUUGUCUGUGACUUUGGUGGUCACUUCAUGGGCGGGAGUCUCUUCCAGUUCUGCAGGGACAGUGAUGACGACGCCCAUCCCGCCUUCUUCUCCCUACCUCAAGGCAACUUUGGCAUUCGUGGGGGCUCUCAACUCUGGGAAGACCAUAUUCGCCCGUACAUUGAUGACCAUCUGGCCACAUUGAGUCUCCCUGCGGAUAGGGAAAGUGUACUUCGAGCCAAGUUCCUGGAUGCCUUCUUCAUUGGCAAGGCCGAGGUGGACGCAUCUUUCUACGAAAGCAACAUGCCCAUGCGUCUGGUUGUCUCCAUUACAGACGUGUUCCCUGAUGAUACCAACUUGUAUCCCUUAUCCCUCAAGCCAGCAGAUAUAUCGCAAGCAUGGCAGUCCGGGUUCAGGACUGCCGUCGAUCUGGCACUCGGAAAGAUCCGGUUGCUUCCGGCAUCUUCCCGGGGCAGAACUGUUGUCAUCCUCUCCGGGGGAAGCAUGUUGAACUAUCAAGCCAGAACCGAGAUUCAGCAAGCGUGCAAAGGGUACGGAAUAGAUUGCCGGAUCAUGGGCGUGGACUUCAAUCCUGAGUCAUGCAAGUGGAUGGUCUGUGAAGGUGCCGCCACGGCCGAGGCCUGCGCCGCGAGCCCCCGGGAGUUCUUCAAGCGGGGCGCAGCUCUUGCAGUCCAGUCGUACACUAUAAAUGGCAUCUACGAAAGCAAGGCGAAGGUCCUUUUCCGCGGGGGUCGACAAGCGCCUGCAUACUCGAAGGACUCCCACUCGCCAGGUCAGCUGGGGCAGGUCGAGGACGACCGCUGCAGCCCUGUCGAGAUUGAAAUGAGAGAGUACGCACACGAAACUGCCAGGCUUGUCUGCGAUCCGCUUUAUUGGCGGCACUGCCACCGGUAUCCACGAGACUACAUCAGCAUCUACUCGGACGAUGCCGCCGCCGCGGAAAACAACUGCUACGACGUCUGGGAUAUCAGCCGGCAUUUCGAGGUAACGCGGAUGGACGGCACGCAUCACAGAAUGCUGAUACGUCCCGGCAAAUACGUCCUUGAAGUUGGAGGCAUUGAGUACUAUCAAAGCGGCGUUGACGCCACUCUCAACCUGCGCAUGACACGGCAGGCCACCACGGCGGCUAGGGCGAGGAAGAGCGUCCGGGCCUGCACCAUGUCAACAGGCCAAGAUAUCUACACGUUCGAGGUACCGCUCACGGCCUGUGGGCCGAGCAACCUCGUCCAACUGGACCUCGACAAGGUCAAAACUAGGUUGUGGAAGCCCCUACAAGUGCGCACCGAACUCCCACAGUCAGUCGCGGAGCCGGAGUCAGAGUCAGCAGGUGAGCUCCGACCGGCCGGCAAGCGACAGCGGACUGUGGGCCCUUCCGUUGAGGAGCUGUACAAUUUCGGCCGGGUUGUUGUCCCCGCGGAUCUCUUCGCAAAGUCUCGCCAGCAGGGGAGCGAGGGCGUCGCCGGCGACUCUCUCGAAGCUUCGGAUCCGAACAUGUCCUUCGACAUACCCGGAAGAUCCCCAUCCGUGACUGGAACUCCGAUCCGGACUGCUCGAUCGCACCGUCAUAACGGCCGCCCUAGGUCUGGUGGCAGACGGCAUUUGCCCGUCAGGCCACCAAAAGGAGAGACGCGUGGUCGUCUUUCCGAGAUGAACAACGCGUAUGGUUCUACCGACUCGGACUCGGAUUCAGACUCAAAUUCAGACUCAUCUGACAUUCCUGACAAUUCGGUCAACUUCUAG